CAUCCCUUUCCUAUCCCAGAUCUCCAUAUCAUUUGUCGCAAUGGCGGAUAUCGUAACCACGUUGACCUCGGCCACUAACGCUGCCCUGGCCCAGCUUAACCCCGAGGAUGAAAUACCGGAGGCAGCUCGGUACCAGCUUCUGGACGCCAUUGACAAGCUUCGUGUGGCUGUGGAACCACCCCUCCUCACCAUUCGGAAUUUCUGCUUUGGGCACCAUGGCCUAGUUGCCAUUCGAGUCGCCAUGGGCAUGGGUAUAUUUGACGCCUUUGCCUCCGCGAAGGACGGUGAAAUGACCGCUGAUGCGCUGGACGAGAAGACAAAGGGGGACAAGAGCCUCUUGGUGCGCAUCAUGCGAGUACUGUGUGCGAACCAUGUCUUUAAAGAGACGGGGGUGCAGAAAUACCAACCCCUACCGCUUGCGAUGAUAUUUUCAUCUAAUAGUCCACCCAGUGAGGUGAUAAAGCAUUUCCACUCGGACAUGAAGGCGUCAGUCCAUUCCCUUGACUACUUCGAAGCAAGGGGAUACCAGAACCCUGAAGAUGCCUACGACACGACCUUCCAGCUGGCCUUUGGGACUAAAGAACAUUACUUCGAGUGGUUACAGCACAAUCCAGAGGAGCUACAUGCCUUUAAUACGGUGAUGGAAAUCGGCAAUCGCUCUCUGGAGGGUGUGCAAUGGUAUGACUACUAUCCAUGGCAGGAGAGGCUGGCUACUACCGGUGGUACAGACCGUGUGCUCCUGGUGGACAUCGGUGGUGGCAAGGGCCAUGACAUUUCAGGCUUCAAGCGCAAAUUCCCCGACAUAAAGAACCAGCUCAUCGUGCAGGAUCUCCCUGGGGUUAUUGGGGACAUUGACGAGCCGCUCAUUGAAGGUGUAACAGCUGUCGGCUAUGAUAUGUUCCACUCACAGCCCAUAAAAGGGGCCAAGGCAUACUACAUGCGUACUGUUCUACACGACUGGCCUGAUAAACAGGCACUGCAGGCUCUUAGCCGUGUUCAUGACGCCAUGGCUGCUGACUCAGUGCUACUGAUCAAUGAAAAUGUCUUGCCCGAAAUGAACGCACCGGGAUUCUCAGCUUCGAUGGAUAUCAUCAUGAUGGAGCUAUAUGGAUCAAUGGAACGGACGGAGAAGCAGUGGCUUGGAUUGUUGGACAAGGCUCAGUUUAAAGUGCUUAAAGUAUGGCGGUCGGGCUUCCAGGGAACUGGAUCCAAUGCCUUGUUCGAGGCGGUGCCUGUUUGACUGGGCGAGGAAUCUUGUGCCUGGAUAGUAUGGCCAAGGGGCUGGGUUACCGGUCUUAUGGACGUCUUGAUAGUCUCAAUAUUCGAAGACACCUGACCAUAUAAUUUGUUUGAAUUAAUUCG